UAGCACUAACAAUAUUACCAGGUGUACAACACAUUAGGAUGGCUUCAUUUGUUGGAACAGUUAGGGGUGGUCUGACAACCAUAACUGUUGCUUUGCUAAUUGUAAUGUUUUGUAAUUAUUUAAAUAGUCAAUUUCGACCAAAUGAGCUUCAUGUACUGUCAGCGAAACGGGAGUGGGAUCUGUUUCUUGAUAGCGGGCUCCUCUCUGAAAAACAAACCUCUAGUACACAGGACAGUUUUAUUCAAUCAGAUUUUGUCAUCAAAAAAAUAUCUGACUUGGUUUCUGUGGAUACAACGCCCAAGUCAAGAAAACAAGAGGAGGUUGUUGGGUUUAACAAACAAGAUGAUUUAUCUGGAAAUUUUACAUUUGUGUUAAACGAAUUAAUGGCGGCCAUCCAAGUUCAUAACUUCUACACAAGCUUGUGGGGUUGUAAUGCUCUUCAGCAUCCUCAGGUAAAAGAUGUUCUCUAUGAGACAAAGCAUAACUUCGCAUACAUAGCGGAGAUAAAAGAUUUGGUGAUAGUCCAAAUUGCUAAAGCAGACGUAGAUGAGCUGAUAACAGCUAAAUGCGGUUCUUCUGAUGCUGAUAAUAGUAAAAAUGACCUAGACCGAUGUUUUUUAUUAAAGAACAAAAAGAUUCUUCAAGAAGCUGUUGUUUUGAUGCAAAUUUCACUUCGAAAUAUUGCAAACUUGAUUGGCCUAUGUGUGGAGCGUACAGAAAAAAGUAAACGUCCUGUUUUAUCUUCAGCUGGUGUGGUAUUGAUAAAAGAGUUUGGGACUCCCGUCAAAAUGGAACAAUUAAAAUUGUCAUCUUGGAUGGACAGAUUAAAGAUAUGUUAUGACCUGAUGAACUUAGUCCACCACUUUUCCAAUGUUCCUGUUGGAAGCAUAAGGCUGGAAAGUUGGAGUCCAAGUAACUUUGUUGUCACCCAGCAAGGAAUUAUUAAGCUGACAAAUUUUGACCAAAGCCUAACACGGAAUGAACCAUUUUGCCAAUCUGAUAAUGAUUGUUUAGUGAAUGGUAUUAGUUGUCGCAUUAGUUGCCAAGCCAACCGAUGUGUUGGUUACAACAGCAAGAAAAAUCUGUAUGAAGUAAAUAAGUCGUUUUUGUCCCAAUUACUUAGACACAAUGUACCAGCUGAGCAUUCAGAUAUGAUAUUUAACACCAUAUUGGCGGGUGUUAACUCCUUAAAACUCACGGCCAAGGAAGUAGCAUCCGCUAUGCAAGUGAUACUUCCUCAUUCUCCACCAUCAUUCAAACUCAUUAAUUCAAUUAAGAAUGAGAAAUAUAACGAUAAUCCAGCGAUUCUUAGCAUGAAGAAACUGCCUGAUGGGUCACAGGUUGAUUCUUGGGAAAACCAUGAGUCACAAGUUUCCAUCAACGAAGUUCCUGGCCAGUUUAACCAGGCCAAUAUGAUUGAAAAGCAAAUGCGUGUACUACAGCCUGAACAACCACAACAGAAUGGAAAUGCACCUGAUGAUUUUCAUAAGAUUGAUGAUGCUGAUUUUCCAGGUCGUUAUGAUUAUUACUGUCCAAGAAGUAAAGCCGAGUGGGGGUGUGUUAUGUCACUUAAAACAGUGGAUGAGGCGAGACAAAAAUGUCUGGAUGAUCCGAAAUGCAAAGCAUUUGUUACAAUACCACAUCUCAGAAAAGAAGGGUGGAUUAUAGCAAUCCUGAAAUCAGAUAACUCGCAACCUGUUGACCAUGCCGGCACCACUGUGUAUAUCCGUAUAGGGGGCACAGGUGGUAAAAGUGACUUUAGAUUGGCAGGACCUGUUCCAACUGUGCAAAAGAAUGUAAUUCGUGAGGAUUGUUUAAGGGACAUCAUUGAAGCGCAGGUGGCAACUAGGAGUCAUUACGAAAAUGCAUUGAUGUCAUCUCUGGGUUGGAAAGACUUUUCUGAACAGCAGUUCCAGGAUAUUAUACAAAAGAGCCGAGUUGAAGACGCUUCCACAUUUAAACCUGCACGAGGGAAGUUGGCCAAUGGUGGACAAAUGAAUAUUAAUCUUAAUUAUGAAUCUUCAGUAAGACCAGCACUAUUUCUUGCCAAAGCUGGCCCAGAAGAAUUUCAUGCUGUGCAGAUGGCAGUAUAUAAUCUUGACCGAACUUUAGGUUUGUAUAAAACUGGUGUUUCUUGUGAAAGACGACUGGAUGAAACGGAGUUAGCUAAGGCCGGUUUUCCAGUUGACCUUGGAGGAAACCGGUUUGAUAAUUUCAGACCCUUGAAACAACCUGAUAACUCAUUAACUGGAGUUAUUGUGCCGAAAAUUGUAUCCCGUAUCACUGUGGAGCAUUACAUCUCUGUACCUCGUCUUACCAGCAUUACCAGUGCCGUAACUCCAUUCAGCAGAAAACAAUGGGAUGACUUGGAGUAUUUGUUGCUAGGAUUUUUAGCAGCUGUCCCGGUCCCAACUAAAGGACAUCAGAGCAUAAAGGGCCACUUGGUGCAUGUAAAAACUGAUGAAGCAUUCUCUCAUAACAACAAUGAAUAUUUAUCUUUUCUUUACAAUUGCCAAUUUCCUGCUCAUGUAAUAGAAACGCUGCAGUUUAGUCGAUCUCAUAAUUGUGACCUGGCAGGUGAAAUUACUCCCCCAGGAGGGGAUGUUUAUCACAAAGUGAAAGGUAUACUGGAUCAAAAUGUUGAUCAGCUGUUACAACUUGUUGAUCAAUGCAUUAACAAGUUUGGGGAAUCUCUUGUGCUGUACAACUCUGUACUAAAGUAAAUAAACCUGGUUAAAGGAUACUAUAAUCAUGUUUUAUGAACAUUAUGCAGUUACCUUUUUGUUGUUAUAUUUAUGCUAUCUCAGUGCCAGUAUAUUAGGAGUCAAUAUGUUAUGUAAUCUGUGUAUAGGUGGUUAAGGUACAAACAUUAUUAGCCCACUUCAAUUUAUAUAAUUGUGACUUGCCAGUUUGAUAAUUUCUAAACACUUAUUUUUAAAGCCCAUUCAAAAUAGGCCUAAUUAACAAAUCUGUAGUUUUGCUUUAACAUUAUUGUCAUGCUUUUUCUCCCAUAUUUCAUGUUUUCCCUUGGACUUAAUUUUUAUUAAUUACAUUCUAAUUUUUUAUACUCCGUUGUUUUUGUGGUGGCUGUGUAUUUUUUGUACAACUUUCAUAUUAGCAGGCAGCUGUAACUUGUAAGCACCUGUGCUGUAAAUAUUGGUGCACCUAAUUAAAAUGAACUUAUAUUUUUAAAAUCAUCUUUCAUCUAACAAAUCUAUUUUCUUUGUAUGAAUUUGGCAUUUUUAUUCUUUGUAUGAAUGUCAAUUACCUUACAGCACAUAAAACUCUAGUUUAUGUCAAACAAACCAAGUAGUGAACUUGUACUGGUUAUAUUGUACUUAUUAUCUUCAUCUAUUUAUGCACUUCCCAUGACAUUUUAUUCUCUGUAGA